CCACCACCUCAAUGUUUGUCAGAGAGUCAUACUCAAAUCCGAGGGAGAGGAGCUAAGCCGCCAUUUUCUGAGCGUCUCUCCCUAAAACGCGAAAAAGCCUCCCAGGAAACUGGCGUUUGAAAGACAUUUGCAAACCAACGAAUGGAGUUUUGGAUAAGGAAUUGUUGUAAAAUAACUUACGUGAGAAGUAAUUUGGAUAAGGACCGACAUUUUUUUGGCCUUGACCUGUAUUAAUAGCAGCGGCGAGGCGAGCUACCGCGUUAGCAGGCAAGCAAGGUGUAGUUAGUUGAUUCGCCCAUUGCUUGGUUCCGGAACGAACCAAACCGGCUCUAUAUAUUGGGGUUUUGACCAAGUUGAUAUAUUUUUUGAUAUAGUAAUGGCAGAUUAGUAUACCGUUGCCGUGUUCUGGUCAUAUUACUUUACAUUUGCCCUCAAAAACUGCGGGGGAUUGUAGGCGAAAUUCCCUCGGAUAGUGCACUCGUCACGUGGCUGUCUGGUGGGGCAGUAAGCGGGUGGUGUGGAGCAGGCUGCGGUGCCCGUCUCUCUGCACUGCAUGGCUGCGAUGGCGCCCGCUCUCACCGACGCCCCAGCCGAAGCUCACCACAUCCGCUUCAAACUGGCUGCCCCGUCCUCCAGCCUCUCACCGGGCAGCGCAGAGAACAACGGCAACGCCAGCAACAUCCUUAUCCACAGCAACGGCACCACCGUCAAGCGCAAGACCUCUGCCGGCGAAGAACGUUCCCUGGACUUCUGUGGCGGUAACAAGAACCAGGAGCAGCAGCAGCCACAGCAGCUCCAUCACCCAGACUCCGUGCCCCCAGCCUCUACCCUAGGCAAGCUCCAACCGCUGGUGGCCUCUUACUUGUGCUCUGAUGUGACACCUGUCCCUUCCACUAAGGAGUCCAUUAAACUGCAAGGUGUUCUCAUUAAACAGUCCGUGCUGAAAAGCCACGGUAUCCUGCCCAGCUCCCUGUUUAACGGCGGAGAUUUCCUGUUGAGAAAGCGACAGACCUUUGAACUUUCGGGGGGCCAGUUGAAGAGCCUCAUGAGCGGCAGCACUAACAGCGGGAGCCAGUCCAUGGCACCUGUCAACGGGCUCGCCAAGAAAUUGGCGAUGUCCGGCGCUGGAUGCAUGGUGGCAUUGAACGGCAACAAGCCCUCCGCCUCGGCAAGCGACUCUCAGCCUCUGGCACCAUCCCUGGACUCCAAGGCCCUGAUGGGCACCCUUUCUGGGCAUGUUCUUCUAAAGGGAAACUUAAAACAAAAGCAUUCCUCAGGGGGUUCUCAGAGUGCAGAAGGAAACAACCUGCAAUUGCUGUCACCUCUCUCUACUACGCCUUCCCUCUCUUCCCACUGCAAGGCUCAGUCCGAUGAGCAGUUGGACUCUGAGCGCGAAGUGGCUCGUUUGGAUACACUCACAAAUCCAACACAGGUGUCUGUGACCAAUGAGGAGAAUUCCGGAAACGUCCAGCAGGGCUCACCAACACGCUUGCCAACAUCCCCGUUUCAUCCCCUCUCCUCCACCACCUCCUCCCUGGGCAGCCUUGAUGCCCAGGUGAGGGAGCGCACGCUGCUCAGCGGCAAUCGCCAGGGCGAGAUCGAGGGCCGCCUGUGGCAGCUCCGUAAACGCCUUCAGGUGGUUCAGGCCAAGCAGGUGGAACGGCACCUCCAGCACCAGCUGGGCGGCUUUUUGGACUCUGCCCUCGGCCGGGCGCCGGAUGCCAGCCGCAGAACGGAGGCUGGUGCCCCCUCGACGACCUCGUGGAGGACUGGCCGGCACUUCUCCAGCCCCGGGGACAGCCUAGGUCGAUUCAUAAAGAGCGGCUCCAUGCCUUCUGAGCUGCAGAGGCUCUACCUCAGCGGCACAGCCAACCUGCGUUCGUCCGAGCACGCCUUUGACUCGGACGUGACGGAGAGCAGUUCUGGGGGGGACUCUGACCUGGAGGAGGAGGAGCUGAGCAGAGUUGACAUUGAGCAGCGACACAUCAAAAUAUGGAAGAGGGCAGAGAGUCGAUACACGUUGGAAAGGGCCUCCAUCAUCAGCCACUGGAACUGGCUUCAAGCCCACAUAUCAGACCUGGAGUACCGCAUCAGGCAGCAGACAGACAUUUACCGGCAGAUUCGCUCCGGCAAGGGCUCUGUGGAGUUGGGAGGCUUGCCCCCCAGCACCCUGGUUGUAGGUGGGGUGGAAGUCAAGGCGGAGCCUGUAAGCUCGCAGGGUGAUAGUUCAGAGCGUCUGGAGCACACGGUGAACACCCACGGGCCUGGGCCAUGGAGGGGUCAGAACGGAAGGCCAGUCAACGGAAUAAAUAGGGUGGCUGAGAGCAUAGACCAGAAGCCUGGCACCAAACACCAACCCGUACCUUACGACAGCUCCUGCGUGGCUGCCCGCACACGGCCCUUACUCUGCUGCAAGCGACGACGGCUUGUUCACCCCACCACUGUCCCUAACCUAAACGGAAAGGCCCAAAGAAGCAACAGCGUACAGUGUACCUGCAGGGUGAACAUAGCCUGCGUGACGUGUGGCGGUCGGCCGACGUCCAGGGAAGACCCCCAGUAUGACCUCCCCACUCUGGAGCGCCUCUCCCGUCUGGACACUGGUGUCCACCCCAUCCUCUCAUUCUCUGACGACGUGUGUGUAGGCUUGCGUCUGCAGCAGGUGCUGAAGAGCCAGUGGCCGAGCAAGGCCCUGGAGCGGAGCAAGCCCUUGAAGAAGCUCGCCCUCAAACACAAACUCUCCUCCAAAGACAAGCACAAGUUCUCCAACUCGCUCAUGGCAGUCAGGCUAGGUCACUACAAGGGCCGGACGGAGAAGCCGCAGAGGCAACAGCUAGACGGCGGUGUGGGCGGCGCGGCCCGCCUGGAGGGUCAGAGCCACUGUAAGGUCGAUCGCCUCCAGGCCCUCUCGUCUCCCGCAACGCCUUACGACAAGAGCUACAGUCGAAAGAGGUUCCGCGAGCAAUCGCUGGACAAGAGUGACUGUGAGUCACCUAAAACCUUUUUUAGACUGAGACGUGAUAUAAUUUAUUUAUUUUUAACUGCAAGAACAUUAGUCGUUAGUGAGUGCGUAGACGGGCGGACCACCCCUCUGCUCUGUGGAACCAACCCCCCCACACCACAGCCAGCCUCCCCAGACCCGGGCCACUGCCCUCUGCUCCACGACUACAGUUACGCACCCUCGCCCAUGAGCCCGCCCAGCCCCGACGCAACCUCCAACCCUCACACACCGUGCUCGCGGGACUCGCAGCGCCUGCCUUCCAGCGAGGACACUCGCUGCUCCACGCCUGACUUCACCUUUGAGGAAAGGACGGUGGCACCGUGGGAGCGGAGGAACUUCCCCAUGUCAGAAGACCCCGCACCAGAGCCUGAGGUCGAGUCCGACGACGAUACGAGGCAGAGGGUGCGCAGCAUCUCCGGUUGCCGAGUAACUGGCUAUGGCAGACUGGACUCUGAGGAGGCGGACCCCUCGCCUUGUGAGGAGGAUGUCUCUAAACAGAAGGCCACCACCAAUCGAUGAAUGACUGACGGGACGAGGUUCUCCCUUCCCCCCCCACCUCUCCACUUUGGCAUUAACAAGCAGAACCUCAAACCGGAAGAAUAUAUUAAAAGGGUUCCUGUUGUUUGAUAUUCAAACAUCAGUCUAAUACUUUUCACAGUUUUAGUGAAUAUUACGGAAAAUAGAAGCCUUUCCCAACACUUGUUUUUGUCACAGGAAGAAAAGAAAAAAAAGAUGAAAUGUUGAAAAAAAACAGUAUAAAACAACAUGUUACAAAAAAUUAUUUCUGUAGUAGGCUAAAUAAUGUACAUGGGGCUUAGUGGUGUUUCAUAUGUCGCGUGCACACUUGUAGCACACUAUGUAGCGGACAACUCAAAAGUAUGGCCAAAGGGUGUUUUCUAUUGACUAGUUUGCUUGUACUUCCCAUGUACAUUUUUAGUGGAGUGACGAAUAACAAAACAAGAAAAAAAAAAAGAAAAAAAAAAAUCCUCUCAUACUUCCCCAAUCAACAGGUACAUUUUGGAUGUAACCUCUUUUACUCAGAGGUUACUGAAAUUGUAGAGCACUUCUUUUACUGCCAAGGGUUUGUGUUGGUUUGCUUUUGUUUUGUUUCAUUCCUGACACUUUUUUUUUUGUAUCGUCUGUUCAAACUUUAGGCUUUGUUUGUUUUUAUUUGGAUGGUAAUCAUUCCUUUAGAAUCAGGCUUCUCACACCUAGCCAUCUCUCUCCAAGUCAUAUAUGCCAGUGGGAUGACUGAGUGAAAGGAGUGUGAUGGAGCACUUCUCUGAAUGCAGAAAAAAGAAAGAAAAAAAAUGCUAAUGCUUAUCAGCUCAAAAUAGCCCAGCAAAUGGAGCUCAAUAGAUAAAAGGAAAAAUAAAGAUCAUACUCUUUAUCUGUCGUAUCCUCUCCCCCCCCCCACAUGCCUUUAUGGUCAGCAAUAUAUUAUGUUAUUGUAGUCAAAUUGAAACUCAAAAUUCAAAUCACACUGGUGGUGGAUCCAUUACCCACAUCAUCCAUUCUGGGCGUACAGGUUCAUGCUGGUGAAUUAUUGGUAGGUUUAUAUGUUGAAAAAACCUGUUUGUUUCUGGUUUCACUUGACAGGAAUAAGAAGUGUCCUCUUGCAAUUGUUUAAGAUGUAGCAACUCUUUGCUAGAAGCCACCCAGACCUCAGGUUUUACAGUUUUAAGGGAAUAUUUCUAAUGCUGAGAAUCAUUUUGCCCCUCAGUAGGUAAUUCUGAUCUAAAGAGACUGCUGUUGCAAGAGGCAUGUUUUUGCCAUCCCACAAUGUCUAAAUCUCACCGCCAUUUCUCCCAUGAAUAACUAAUUGCUAUGCAAAAUAUAUGGUUGUAUAAUUUUACACCUGUGUUUUUAUGCCACAGUCAUUCAAUCACUGUAUUUUUUUUAUUUUGUAGUUAAGCGAUAUGUCGAUGUACCUGUUCCAUUAUUGCAGCAGUAAACCUAAUCAAAAGCAGACUUGUUUUUUGUAAAUAGUACCAUUAAAACAUUUAUGUUAAACUUGA